AUGGCACCUUGUUGCAGCCCACCAUGCUGCUUUUAUGAUUUCAUACGGGAACUGAACCAUCCCCAUAAGUGUGUUCUGUCAAAGAGUGAGUUCCAGGUUUUGAAAAGCUCAGUUUCCAAAGAUUUUUGGAACGUGGGAUUGGGGAGGGGGUGGCCCUGCAGCCCACCCCCACCAUUACAUUCAGCCCACCGGUGCGCCGCACGAUCUCUUCUGUCCCAGCGUCCUGAGUUGCUAUGGGCUGGAUUAACUAAUAGGUCAGUGGUUCUUUUUUCACAGGAGAAAAAUAAAGCUGGAGAUGUAAAAACAGCUGGUGAGAAAACAGCUACAGACAAGAAGCGAGAAAGGAGGAAAAAGAAACAUCAAAAGCGUAUGAAAAUAAAACAGAAGGAGAAGCAGAGAAAACUGCUGGAAAAGAGCAACCCAGAUCAAGCAGGGAAACACAGCAAAGCAGCAGCUUCGGAGAAGUUAAAAGAGCUGACUAAAACAGGCAAGGUGUCCUUGCUAAAGGACAAAGGUAAAGACAAGGCCUUAAAGUCGUCUCGAGCAUUCUUUUCUAAAUUACAAGAUCAAGUAAAAAUGCAAAUCAACGAUGUAAAGAGAACAGAAAAGAAAAAGAAGAAAAGACAGGAUAUUUCUAUUCACAAAUUAAAGCUGUAAUAUAUUUUGAAUAUAAUCCAAAUAUUAAUAUAUAAGCUUA